CGGCCAUUGUUUCUAAAUUUUUCAACAUUAAGACUGUAACUGUAAACAUUUGGUUUAUGAAUUGUGUUCAAGGUUAGUUGUGUCUAUGAUUACAAUAAUUAAGAUAUUGAAUUGGUGUCAUGACAGGUUUGGGGGUGGGGGUGGGGGGUGCAAUCUCCAAACAAGAAUAUUGAGGUAAGACAAAUUCGAGUGGCAAUAUUAAGAAAAGAAAACAAAAAUUCCCUUACAUUCAAGAGUAUGUGUGUAUCCUUCAGUGGACGUCAGCAUUGAAAGGUACAUUUCUAAUACCAAAAACUAACAUUUAUUUAGCAGCUAACCCUUUUUUUGUCCAUAGUUCAUUUAAACAUUAAAGACAACACUGCCUUCAUUUCAAUGAGAUGGGACCCGUAGGCAGUCCACGUCAGUUGAUCUACUGGUUUUGACGGCUUUUGUCGUUAUGAGUGUUCGGGGCUAUGCGUAAAGCAAGAAUGAUCAUAGAUCUAAAAUUCAUUAUCAUUUAUAACUAGAAAUGUCGAGGUUAGCGGGUCAAAGUUAACUAGAUGAGGCCCUUCAAUCAAAUUUUUUGUUUUUGGCAAGAAGAACUUUGGGAACGUUGUCAUCGCUGGCAUGAUUAGGAGAUUGAUAUCCAGUGUUGGACUGAGAUAAGGCUUUUAAGUAGAUUGAAGAGGCCGGGCUGUUUGUUUUUCCUGCUUGGUUAUUUUAAUAUGGUACUUCAAAACACUUUCGCUCCGUUAUCCCGACCUAUGUAUUCGUUUGAGACUUCUGCCCUCUCUUAUUCUUUUCCUUUCUUUCAUUUUAAGUAUUGUUAGGUGAUAUAUAUAUAUAUACAUAUAUAAAUAUAUAUAUAUACAUAUAUUAUAUGUCUAUGUAAAUUAAAUGUAUGAUUAUUAUUUUUUUUUAAAAUUGUGCUGAUAAAGGAAUAUGCCGAAAAGUUUGAAUUUUUAUUUUUUUUUGUUUAAUCAUUAUUGAGGUUAAAAAGUAUAUGUAUAUAUUUUUUUAAUGUAUACAUUACUGCUUGCCUAUUAUUAAUUGUCAUUAUAAGGAUGUACCAGGCAUGGGCGCCCGCAGGUAGGGGCAAGGUGGGGCACUUGGGCCCCCCCCCCCCGGAUUGAUUGUAUAAAAAAGUUUAGACAAAAAUAGACAAAAAAUGUAUUAAAGUACAGAGAAAAUAAAGAGAAAGUAACUAAGCUGAUGUCCUGUCCGUUCGUUCACCAUACAAAUACGCUACAGUAAAUUAAAACUAUAUUAAAACAGUACUAAAAAAUUUUUGCCCCCCCCCCCCGGAGAGUUAAAAUAGAAAAAAAAUGUAUUAAAGUACAGAGAAAAUAAAGAAAAAGUAACUAAGCUGAUGUCCUGUCCGUUCGUUCACCAUACAAAUACGCUACAGUAAAUUAAAACUAUAUUAAAACAGUACUAAAAAAUUUUUGCCCCCCCCCCCCGGAGAGUUAAUCGAAUUUUUUUGCCCUCCCCCCCCCUUUAGAAAGUUUUCUGCGGGUGCCCAUGGUAGCACGUAUCACCCAUUUUCUUUCUGAAUAAAGUAAAUUCCACUGGUCAAUAACGAUGUUGGUGAUGAAAGUAAAAAUAUACUGAUUUUAAUGGACCGUCUCCCUAACACGUCUAGAUUUAAUUGUUUUGCACGCGUUCAAGAAAUAUAAAUAUAGUGUGUUGAUACAUCUAUAAAUAUAUAUGAUACUCUGUAUUUGUAUAUUGGUUUCUGUAAUGAAGUAAAUUUGAGUCCCUGAGAGCUUGAAUGUCCAACUUUUCUGAAUGGUGACCCCCAGAUCCACAAAUGCAUAUCAGAUUUGUUUAACGGCAAUGCUAAACAUUUUCCUUUCGUUAAUUUCUCUGGAUCUAGGUUUGUUAAUUUUUCCCACCUCAGACUUUCCGGUAGAUUCACAGACAUAAACAUUGUAAUGUCACAUGCUGCCUUACUGACUGUUACUAAAACCAGACUUUCUAAAAAUAUACCGAUAACAACAAACAAUUUUAGUUGAUCACCAUCAAACCUACCCUUCUAUACAGGACAGUUGAAAAAAAUGAAUGGUUAUAUUUUACUGUUAUGCAUCGUUAAGAGAUCUAAAAGGUUAUUUUAUUUUAAAAUUAGAUCCUUCGAUGAAAAAGUCGUGACAAAGAAAUGAAUAACAAUACCAACGGAAAUUAUUUGUUAAGUUUUUUUUUUUUUUUAAAUAUAUUAUCAGUUGUAUAAAAUGCAGUUUGAGUGAAGUUUUAUGGUAUAAUAUAAAAGCUGAUAUUUGCACCUGAGAAAUAGUUUGUGUGUCUUGUGCUCACAUUGUUCUAGUCUAAAAAUGUUGUCCUGUCAAGAACGUGUCUGUCUUCAUGUGCAAAAAUUGUUUAUGUUUUUCAUCAUUCGUCAAAAAUUGGUUGUAUUUCCCUCUAUGAUCUUUUUUUCUAAUUAAAAAGUAAUUUUGACUUUGAGAUUAUUUUUUAUGUGAGAUUAUGUGCUUUAAAAUGUAUAAAAACUGAAGAUGUUUGAAAUAUUAAAAAAAAAUUAAUAAUUUAAAACAAAAAUUAAAAACGACCUGAUUCCUAUAAAAUAUAAAUUAUAUAAACACAAAUUGCCGGGUUACUAUAAAAAUGAUUCCAUCAUUCUUCAGAUAAUCACAAAAGGUUUGAAGAUAACGACCAUUUGACUAUAAUUAAAGAAAUGCUCCGGUAUACAAAAACUAGCCAAAUAGUCAUAUUGCUAAAUAGUUCUAUCUUGUUAUACUUUUUUUUAUACUUUCCUUUUAAACAGAGUAGACAAGAUGACCAACAGAGAAGAAACCAUACGCCUCCUUAUGGUGGGCAGAACCGGAAAUGGUAAAAGCUCCACCGGAAAUACGAUUUUUAAUUCUAAAGUUUUCAAGACUCAUGAGCCAAACCGUGCCUCAAAGGAAGCAGUCGAGUUUCACUGUGGUAGAGUGGGUGGAACCAGUUGGGGCGUAACCGUGAGACUGGUUGAUGGCACGUGUGUGGGUGACGCAGUUAGUGAUCUUUCUGGAGGCAAAGAAGCUUUGUUAGAAUCGCUCAGGUCUAUUUGGUGUCAUGAACCAGAAUUCCACGCCAUCCUCUUUGUUCUGAAGUACGGCGUGCGAUUCACCAAACAGGAAAAAGACGCCGUUCAAUGCGUCAAGUCAAUGUUUGGUGAGGAUGUCUUCAGGAAGUGGGGCGUCAUUGUGAUGACGUAUGGAGACAACUUUGAAACAGAUAAUGAUGAAAGAAAGAGUUUUGAGGAUUGGUGCAGAGAGCAGUCUGGAGACUUCAAAUCUCUCUGUGAGGAAUGUGACUACAGGUGCGUGCUGUUUAACAACAGGUCUUACAGCGACGACCACUGGUUUUAUCUCAGGUCGGCCAUCUCCAAGAUACAAUCACCACCAUACACAAAAUUCAACUUUAACCAAUGCAGCGAUUCAAGAAGCAACUACUUUAAAAACAUCGGCUACAGUCGUGAAAAUUCUCCGAUCCCGUCAGAAAGUUCUCCACUUCUGCCCGGGCACCGCUCUGCUAGCAUUGAUUUGACCACUUCUCAUGAAGAGAAUUCAAAAGUCACACAUCAGACUCAAAGAAAUUGCAUUCAGUGCAGAGAAAGCAAAUGGUUCACUCUCUGGAUAUGGGCAUUCCUUUUAGCGGCCAUUCUAUGCCUUGCUUUCCUGGCAUACAUGUUUAGAAACUGGAAAGAAUGCAAACAUUAUUUCUGUCACUAAUGGGUUCUGCCGUGGCUUCUGGAGUGACGUCAUUGAGCUCUGCUGUUGCUGCUGGGAUGACGUCAUUGAGCUCUUGAUCUGGCCGCUUGAAGUUGUCGUUGAGUGUUUCUUUAGAGCCAUUUCAUGUCUCAAGUUAAUCCAAUCCUCCUG